CUUCACCUAAUGCCGUCGCUGUACUCAUCGCCGUAACCUAAGAGACGCGCCAAAAUUGGUGCUCUUGCCUCGCUGUUGCUGGCGCGCAUGGACGCCAUGGAAGGCAAGAGCAAAGGGGGCAAGAAGAGCAAGAAUCUGCUCGGCAAGUACGAGCUGGGCCGCAUGCUGGGGCGCGGCACGUUCGCCAAGGUCUACCUCGCGCGCCCGGUCGCUGGCGGCGAGGCGGUGGCGGUGAAGGUGCUGGACAAGGCCGAGGUCAUGGGCACGGCGGGCAUGGGGCCGCGCGUGCUCCACGAGGUCACGGCCAUGCGCCGGCUGCGCCACCCCAGCGUGCUCCAACUCCACGAGGUGCUCGCCACGCGCGCCCGGAUCUUCCUCGUCAUGGAGCUCGCACCGGGCGGGGACCUGCUCUCCAGGCUCGCCGCGCUACCGCGGCGUCGCCUCCCCGAGCACACCGCACGCCGCGUGUUCGUGCAGCUCGUCUCCGCGCUCUCCUACUGCCACGCCCGCGGCGUCGCGCACCGGGACAUCAAGCCGCAGAACGUCCUACUCGACGGCGACGGCAACAUUAAGGUAUCCGACUUCGGCCUCUCCGCGCUCCCGGACUCGCUCCGAGACGACGGCCGCCUCCACACCGCGUGCGGCACUCCAGCCUACGCGGCGCCCGAGGUGCUUCGCCGCAAGGCCUACGACGGCGCCAAGGCCGACGCGUGGUCCUGCGGCGUCAUCCUCUUCGUCCUCCUCGCCGGCUACCUCCCCUUCGACGAUGCCAACAUAGCCGACAUGUGCCGGAAGACGCACCGCCGGGAGUAUGAGUUCCCGGAGUGGGUGUCGCAGCCGGCGCGCCGGCUGGUGAGCCGCCUGCUCGACCCGAACCCGGCCACCCGCGUCGCCGUCGAGGCGCUGGCGACGCACCCCUGGUUCAAGCGCUCCCUCAGCCUCGACUCGCAGCUCGGCGGGCUGCUCAACGGCCAGCCGGAGCGCACGCUGGCGUUCCAGGUGCCGGCGAUGAACGCCUUUGACAUCAUCUCGAUGUCGCCGGGGCUCGACCUGUCCGGGCUGUUCGGCAACGGAAAGCAAAACAGAGAGAAACGGUUCAUGACGACGGCGUCGCCGGAGCUGACACUGGAGCAGCUCGGCCGGGCAGGCAGGAAGCUCGGGUACGUCGUGGUGGGGAAGAAAGGAGUCGAGUGCCUGCCGUUGGGGGGCCUGUCAGGGCUCGCGGCGAUGUCGGUUGAGAUGUCCGAGGUGGCGCCGCCGCUGAUGCUAGUCGAGCUGCGGCUCGAGGUGGCCGACGGCGACGGAGAGGGCCAAGGGUUUGGGUGGGAGGAGCUGAGGCAGGAGCUAGGAGAAGUAGCUAGGGCUUGGCAUAGAUGCCAAGAUUUCUGACUAGGCCAGGGGUGCUUGCAAAUCACAAGGAAUUUUUUUGUUUUUUUCUGCAGCUUGGAGGUGUAUAUGCAUAGUAUGGUAGACCGUGUAGUUAAUUUUGCUUAGAAUUAUGGUGCUAAAGAAAUGUUUGUGGUUCUUA